CAUCGAUAAGACUGUGUUCUUCACUACCGCGACUGACUGCUACACAUCUACCGUGCAAGCACAUCUCUCGCCUUAGAUAGCACCUCGUCCCCACCCAAGCGGACACCAAUCAUGGCAGGAGCACACUCCUCCGCCCCCAAGGGCCUCUCCCGCAUCCCCCUACCCCCCGACAUCACACACCACAUCUAUGCAUCAGCGACUGCAGUAUCCGACCUUCGAAGGGAGUUCCCGGUGUCGGAACCGGCCAUCACGCGCGUCUCCCAGACCACUCGCGCCGAAAGCCUGCCAUCGUACUACAAGAACAAUCGGCACGUCAUGGAGUACUUCACGUACGGGACAGAGGCCGUUGGCUUUAUGACCUGGAAGCGCGGUCGCGCGGUUCCGCCGAGCGUGGUGCCGAAGCUGCGAUGGUAUUUCUUGAGGCUCAAGAUUGAAGUCAGGCGUGGGUAUCUGAUUGUGGAGUGCAGUAUUAAAUUGCAUGUAGGGAAGAGGAAUGACGGAGUGGUCAAAGAUUGGACCAUCAAGUUUAGAGAUGGGCUGUAUACGUGGAAAGAUGAGGACACCGAUUGGUCGGUUGGAGAGGGCGAUGAUGGACUGUGUCGGGGGUUGGGUAAAGUUGUUGUUGAAGGAUGGGGCGGCGCUGCUGAUGUUGCCGGUCUUUGCGAGGAGCUCGAGAAGUCUUACAGGAAUAUUCUAGCUUCGUGGUCGAGAAGAGAGUCUGGGGGUGACGGUGGUGACGGUGGUAAUAGUGGUGGUGGCAUGGCUUUGGAGAACGUUGAUCUAGAAGUUGGCAGUGGCUUGCGAGCCCAGGAUAUGGAGGACCUUGAUCGAGAGACCAUUGCUGUGGGCGAUAAAUGGGCGGAAGAACUUGGUAAGUGGACGGAAAGAGCCUUGCAGCCACCGGUAGGUCGAUUGCUUCCCCACUGGCGACCAGCGCAGGUAGGGGACUGAUGUUGAUAAUAUGCAAACAGGAUGAUUCUAAAUAAUCAGGUUCUUUACUCGAACCUACU